AUGGCAACUGGGCGAUCGGUCGCUGCACAGCAUUGGGCGCGGAUCAUCAAGCGCUGGCCUGUCGACCGAGUGCGUCCAGAACACAUUUCUUUCCAGAAGGUCAUGCAAAGCCGCCUGCAGAAAGCCUCGUCUCCCACUGCCGCUACGGCCAAUGUGAAAGCGAAUGAAGGUCAAGUGUCGCCAGCUACUCCUCAGUUCGACGAGGCAAAGGAAAUGCGGCAGAUCAACGCUCUCUAUUCUUUGCUUGAAGACCGAUACUUCAAGGCGUACCCAAUGCCAGCCAACUUGCGAAAUCCGCAGAGCAUGCCUACCCACUACGAUGAUGUGAUCAAAGAAAUGGACGAGGCUCCGACUCGGACAUGGAUUCAAUCACUGAUUCAGAGGGUCAAGGGUUCACUGCGUUUCUCCUGA